AUGCGGUCUGGACUUUUGGGGCUAUUAGAAAUGGCUACAGGUCUGAGACGACCUGCGUACCAAUCCGCUUUACAGCGUUAUGAACAAAGUGCUGGUACUACGCAAGCUUUUUUGCAGCAGAAGCGGUGUAGUGACAAGAACGAGGCAGGAGAGAGUAGGGAUGUUGACUCGGUAAAAACACGAGUUCACAAUCUUAGGC